GCUCCGCAUUAGUGCUGGCGUACCGAGCUCCACUAAAUGUCAAAUCAAGCAGCAAUUCCACGCGCGUCUGACGUCAACAACGGCGAAGGAAAAUAAACUUCGCGCACACUUCGGGAGAAACCAUUUUCGCCAACGCUGUUUUUUCUCCUUCCGCUUAGAGAGGAGGAGAGCCCGCUGAUAUAGGCAUGCUCAGCUGAAGCGUCCUGCAGCCUCUGACGCUGGGCGCAGGCGAACUGCGACGGCCGCGCCAAACGAGCUCCAGUGAUGGCCUCUGCUGAGCAGCUGUGUCCCCGCCUGCUGCACCAGCACUGCCCAUAGGCCACACAUACAUACACAUAUACACAUUUACACACGCCUUUGGGCUCCCUUUCCAACUCCAUCCAUACACACACACACACACACACACACACACACACAUCAUGUACAGUGUGGAGGACCUGCUGAUCUCUCAUGGAUACAAACUGCCCAGGAGCGGCCCUGCCUCCUCCUCUUCCGCUGCGCCUUAUGACAAUCGAAACAACGAAUAUCGUCGUGAUAAUGUAGAGAACCGGCCUGCUGCUGGUGGUGGUGGUGGUGGAACUCUGAAUGGAUUUGGGACAACGGAGGGGGGAGCAGAAGCAGGCACAGGGGUGUACAGGCCGGCUCCGGUGAAGGCUUGCCCAGAGAACAACAACAACAUUAAUGAGGGCCAUGAAAGGAUUCAUCGGAGAUUGGAGGUUCCUGUUGCUUUCCUUGGUGAACUGCAACCUCUGGGUGACUCCCUAGCUACAGACAGUGGGUUCUAUGAUGCUCCAAGCCUGACAUUCUCUGAACAUGCAGAUGAGCGAGAUAUUUCAUUCUGGAGAAGGAGGGGACAGGACUUCAGUGCUCUUUUGGACUAUGCUGAUCCCAGGGAACUCAGAGUGUCUGGAGGAUUGUGGAGAGGUCCAGUACUAGCCGUUGAAGAGCUGAGGGCUGAGAGGCCACUGGCACGCUGGGAGGAAGGCCCAUGGAUACGGGAACCUAUAGACUCAGGCCCAGAGACUCUACGUGUGACUGGAGAGAGAAAAUGCCAGAGCCUGGGAACAGAGGAGUGGCGCCCAGCAGUGGGCUUGGGCCGGCAGCUGUCAGAUGGGGAGGCUGAACAUUGGUCUCAGGAGCAGCAACACCAUCUGCGACCAGCAGAGGGUAGUGUGUCCACCACAGUGCGAGCCAAGUCUCAGUCGCUCCCUCGAGUCCUUUCACCAGAAGAUCCCCACUAUGGAGAACUGCCUCAAACCGGUGCCCCAAAUCACCCACCUACACAAAGAAGCAGCAGCUCUGCUCCAUACAGUCGAUACCACAGUGAGUGGCCAGCAGGGGAAAGGUGGAGUGGUCAGACACAAAGUCAUGCAUCUUCUGCAGUUGUACCAAAGCCACGGUUCAGCCGCCCCGUCAAGCCCCCGUCUUAUGAGACUCACCAGCAAAACAGGGGGAGCUUGGAAACAUUGUCCUCUGAACCUGUGUCCAAAGCCAGAGACCGCUCAGUGUGUUUCUCUCAGACUUUUGAACCACUCAGAGACCGGUCUGGAUGUUAUUCUCAGAGUGCAGAGCCUCUAAGAGAUCGGUCCAUUUGCUUUUCACAGAGUGCAGAACCAAUUCGAGACCGCAUGCUGAGCCACUCUCAGAGUGUUGAACCGCUAAGAGACAGAUUUGUCAGUCAUUCACAGAGUGCAGAACUACUGCGUGAUCGUUUUUUCAGCCACUCGCAUAGUGCCGAUCUUUUACGGGACCGAUCCCUUUGUUACUCUCAGAGCUCAGAACUGCUACGAGACCGGUCCAUUUGUUACUCCCAAAGUGCAGAGCUCCUGAGACCAGAAUCGUACAGGACAGAUCUAUUUUACCAUGAACUGACUGGUAUGGAGCCCCCUGGUUACAUCCCACCCCCCUCCUACAGGAGAUUCCUGCCACCAAGGAGUGGACAGAACUACCGAGCAGAUUCUGCUCUUGUCCGAUGGAAACGUGAGCCUGUGAGUGCAGAGAUGGGCCAGUGGUUUUCUAGGACUUCAGGAUUGUCAUGGUCAGAACGGCGUGAAGAUAGGAGCAUGGCAGUAGUUCCAAGAAGGUCUGUGCAUCCAGGGCCUGUUGUACCUAGCCGUCCAGGACUUGUGCAGUAUGUCCCAUUUGAAGACCCGCGUAUCAGGCACGUCUCAGGGGGCCCCUGUGGAAACUCGCUCACAGACGCGGACAAGAUCCGACACGUCAACAAAGAGCUUCCCUGCGCUGCAACUUUAGGACAAUCCACACAUGAUAGUGCCUUUCUCUCUUCACAGGGACCGAAUCUUAGCACGGAUACUAACAAACCGGCUCUCACUGAACAGGAGAAUACUAACCGCUGGCACAAGGGGAUGAACAAAGGCAGUGAAACUGUAGCACCUGACCAGAGCUGUGCAAAGUUCCCCCCAGCCUUUCAGCUCAGACCCCUGCAACCAAUCAUUAAAACAGACAGAAGUACAGACCAACAGACUAGAGCAGACAGAAUCACUGACCAAGUCAAGGUUGAGAGAGUAACAGAGCCUGUCAAAGCUGAGAGAGGUGCUGAACAGACAAAAACAGACCAGGUCAAAGUAACAGAGCAAGUGAAACCAGAUCGAGUUACUGACCUAAUUAAAUUAGAUAAGCCUACAGAGCAAGUAAAGCCGGACAGGAUUACAGACAAACAAGUAAAGGUGGAAAGAUUAACUGACCAGAUACAAGUAGACAGAAUACCAGAUCAAGUCAAAGUCGACAAGUAUACCGACAAACAAAUUAAGCCUGAGGUCAAAGCGGAGAAAAUCCCUGAAAAGCUCAUAAAAGCAGACAGAACUUCAGACAGGCAAAGUAAAGCUGAACGACUCUUAGAGAAGCACUUGAAGAUCGAUAGAAUUUUAGAAAAACAACUGAAAGCAGAUAAAAUUUUAGAAAAACAGUGUAAAUUUGAAAAAUUUACUGACAAGUUAAAUAAGUCUGACAAGCAGGCUAAAGGAGACAGCAGUACAGACCAGAUGAAAUCGGACCAGAUCACUGACAAGUCUGGAAAAGCUGACAAAUCCUUGGAUAAAGGUUCCUCAGAGAGUGUUUCAACAGUAAAGACAGAACCAGUCCAGGAACCUGAGAAAAAGAGUGUGAAAAAGAAACUCAGUGAGACCAUCUUCUGCCUUGUGUCCGUGCCACUUUCGCAGUCCAGUACAAAAUCUCGAGAUCAAAACAACAAUGAAGAGAAAGAACCAGACUCUCCUCCAAUUCCUCCUCCUCCUCCACCAAGUUCCUCCAGCGAAAACAGCAACACCCUCAGCUCCCUGCCAAACCAAAGCCUCAAAAGCACAUCCACCACCUCCACUGACUUAGAGCUACAAGCACUCACACUUGGCAGUGGGACCAGUAGCAUAGCCACAAGGAGAGCUCAUCGCAGAAGGAACUCACGCUCUAGGAUCAUUAAGCCAAAUCCACAUGAUGAGCUCCGACGCUAUUCUGGGGCUUGGCCUGGGGACCAGUACCGUGAUCAGGAAACCCAAACAAGCCCCGAGCCCACAAAGAACAAUGCAAAUCCAGGCCCCAACAAUACAGAAGCACAAGAUGCUCCUGCUGCCCCAGAGGUAACUCCUGCUGAGACUACAUCGGUGGCUCCAGGGGCUGCCCCAGGGGCCAUUGGGGCUUCGUCAGCUCCACCGGCUCCAUCGGUUCCAUCAGUUCCACCGACUCCAGCAGCUCCACCGGCUUCAGGAGCUCCUGACCCCGGCACCCCUUAUGGGUAUCCCAUGAAGGGCCAGAAAAGCCUAAAACCCUCCAGCAACAGUGCUUUUUCACGGACAGGUACCUUCUCCAAGAGCACAGGUUCUCACAGACCUCCAUUACAUCCCCCGUCUCACCCUCCACCCCCUCCUCCAACCCAACCACCAUCUCAACCUCCUCCUCCUCCACCAACACAGCUUCCAGCUCAGUCCCCACCAUCAGAUCUUACUGAAGAGGCGAAGUCAGCCACAGGGCCAAACCCAGAGGCAUUAGGCCAGUUCUUGCUGAAGCCAGUGAGCCGGCGGCCGUGGGAUACCAUUGAGGAUCUUGAGACCAUCAAUAAGGAGGCGCAAGACCAAGCAGGUAAACGCCCCAGUGUGGACCAGUGCAUUGAGGAUCUCAACGAGGCCUACAAAGAUAUCCUUGAGCUCAGCACUGCCAGCAAUAACCUUCCCAACCGCUCCUCCAUGCAAAUCCCUGACCGCAUUAAAUCCAGGUUAUCUUCAGAUUCACUUGGAAUUCCUGCAACCGCUCUUCGACCAAGCUUGGUGCCUGGAAGUGACCCAGAAUACCGGGAGGUGAAGAGUGCCUUUUCCCGACCAUCAACUGGGAAGAGUGUGAGCUUCAGCAAACAGCUAAGAGAGGAGAUUUGUCCUGCUCCUCCCCCACCAGAACCAGGUUUCAGAGAUUACAAAACAGUUAUGUCCCAGAUAACCCAACGCAAAGCCUGCAGAUCAGUGAAGCUGGAUAUUCCUGCCCCCAAAGAGACUCAAAGAGAUGACGAUUUGACUGCACAAACCUCCUCCACCUCUUCCAUGGCAGCCGAGAUCCCAUGGGCAGACAGACAGCCCAUGCAAGAUGCUUCCACUCUAACCAGCCCCCCAGACUAUGAGCACAUCUGUCAAACUCUCCAAAUGGCCCGUGAAUCUGGGGCUGUUAGCCGAUCUUCUAUAAAAUCCAAACCAGGAAGUGCCAUGAGCAUAGAAACCCCACAGCAUGUGCCCAUACCUGGUAGACCUCCCAUAGAUUCUGAGCAGCCAUGUUGUUCUUCAGCAUUAGAAGUGAGACAGGGGCCAAUGGCAUUAUUCAGGGAUGAAAGGAGCUCAGGUUUUAGGAGGGUAACAAGCCACACUAACAGGUUCCUUAGCAACAGGGGUGUGCUUGGUAGCCUUGCAACGGGAAAGCCUGUUGGUGACAAAGCAGGUUUAGAGGCUAGCCCAGAAGUACCUGCUGACUGGCAGAUGCAGCUUUCAUUAGCUGAAAAGCAUAUUGCUACUCUGAUCACAGGAAAGGGUUCAGCAGAGAACCUUGAUGAGUCAAACAUGGUUAAAGGUGAUAAAGACAUUCCUGGCAGUGAGUCAGUUGAGGAUGAAGUGAGCAACACUUUAGCCACUGAAAUGAAAGAAGAUUCUGCCAGUGCUGAGCAGAAACAUAAUGAAAUCAAAAAGAAAGAAACAGAGCAAACGGAGAAACCUGAAAGCCAACAAUCUGAAGUGACAGAGAAAGUGAAAGAAGAUGAAACUUCUAGGAAAAAGAUGCAAACAGAGCAAGAGUGCUGUGUUACCGAAGGAACAGAGCAAAAUAGUGAUAUUAACUCAGAGGCAAAUAAAGAACCAAAUGUGAUCUUGAGGGCAAAUAAAACUGCAAUGUGGACUAAUUCAGGUUUAGAAUCAGAGCUACGUCCUGAAUUUCCACCAGAUCACCUUCCCCUUUCUGUACUUCCUACAACUAAUCGUAGAUUAUCUCUAGGGUUGGAUUGGGAGAGAGGUGGGUGGGAAGGGGAAAGUUUGGGUCAAGGUGGUUUCUGGUCCAGAGAGAGGCGGUCCCUUGAUGCUGAAAGAUGGGAUGUUGGUGUAGAGAGAUGGGGUUUAGACAAUGAUAGACAGGAAGGAGGUGGUGAAAAACGGGGUCUGGGGGGUUGGCGUGGAUGUGGGAUUGAUGGGCAAGGCACAGAUGAUUCAGACUGGGAAUUAGAUAAAAAUACCCAAGACACUGUUGAUAAAGAUGCAGAUUCAGACACAAAACAGAAAAUACUUAAGCCUGAGCAGGGUCAUAGCAGUCCAGUCUCUAGCACUGAUGAAGUGGAAAAAUAUAAAAAGCAUGUUGUUGCUAGCCAAUGCAUUGAAAAUGGCCGGAGUCAAGGUCCAGGUGAAGGUCAGGUUUCAAGUGUAGAUAGACGGAGCCGUGGACUUUCCCAAAGAAUAGAGGCUCUUUUUACAGCCCCGCCUGGGCAUGGCUCAGAGGAGAGACUUGCCCGCAUGAGGGAGGUGGACACUGUAUCACGAAUGAGAAGCCUUAGCCUCCGUAGCUCAGACUCUUGGGAUGGACUGCAUGGGGUGGGAAGGUGGGUAGAUUAUGGAUGGGAGAAAGAAGGCCCCCUUCCUGGCCCACAGGAUUCUUCAAAAAUCACAAAGGUAGAGGAUAAAGAGGGCAGUGCCCACCCUGCAGUCACAAGUGAACCUAAAGAAAAAAAAGACGACCAGACAACCCUAAAAGAGUCACAGGAGCCCAGCCAGGUGGAGAGGUCGUAGCUGAACCCUAGAGGUCAGAGGUCAUCUAACUAAGGGCCAGCCUCCAGCACUGUGACCUGGCUGUCUGUUACAUGCCUUCAUCCUCAUAUGCUAUUGAAACAUCCUCAGACAUUGCCACACAUAUAUACACAACAUUAGACACAAACACACUGAGCGAUGCAUCUCUCUUUAAUAGACACGUCUGUGCAUUAACACACACAAACUGACACACAAUCACUCAAAGUCAUUGUCAUGUAUGCUGACGCUCACGUGCAUUCAGAACACAUUUAAACACCUAACCACACUGAGACAUCUGAAAUGGCCUUCUACUCCGACAAGAGCAUUGUGUAUCAACUCCACUCCACGCCCACUCAGUUCCAGCUCUGCUGGCUCUCUAAGUGUUGCUGUGCCACUGCCAGAAGGAGGUUCCCAAUAAUGCCCCACCACCUUCAUAUAUUACAGUUCUCAUCAUGCCCCAUUUUUCUUAAUUUUGUGCCCUUGACAUAUAUCUUUUCCCUGCAAUUUCUGUAAAAGUUGGUUAAUUGGACUUUAUCUGGUGCGUUACUCAGCAAAACGUUGAAAAUGUUGUUGUGUGACCAAGAAACAAACAAACAAAACACUUUACUGUCUUUUGUAAAAAAAAAAAAAAAAUAGACUGUUUAAAAAGUAUUACAGAACUUUAAUAUAAUAAGAAGCAGUUUAAAACCAGCUACAAUCUCUUAUACUGUCAUAUCUCUUGCAAACAACCUAUCAUCCUCACAACUGUCUUUCCUUCCUCACAUCUUUGCAUGUUCCUUGCCUCAAUCAGUUUUUUUAAAAAGACCUUAGUUUUCUCACUAACCCUUCAUUACACUAACCUUAUGUACAUCUCAUGAAUUUCACAUUUGUCUAGACAGUGUUAUCUCUGCGCUCCAAUGUUUUGCUAAUAACUGGCAAAAUAGCUAUUUGUGUAAGCCCUCAUCACACUUACAAUAUCAUCCCACCAGUAUUAACAGUCUUGUCCUUAUAAUCAAGAUCUUGUGCUACACUUCUUAAUUACUAUGACCACAAAUGAUUUACAUUGUCUUUGCACCUUAUUGAGUUAAUAAUGUCUACCAACUGACUGAUAUCAUCCCACACUAGCAUACACUCUUGAAAACAAAUGUUCUUUAUUGAUUUCAAUGAUUCCAUGAAAAACAUUUCCUUUCCAUUGAACCUUUCCAUUCCACAUAAGGUUCUUUAUAGUGAGAAAAAGAUUCCUUAGAUUUUUAAAAUGGUCUUCAAACUAAGAAAUAAUCUAUUCUUUUAAGAACUGAUUACAGAAAGGUUCUUUUAUGGCGACCCCCUUUCUGAAGCUUUAUUUUUAAGAGUGUAUACAGUAUGUGUGUCUGAGCGUUCUUGCUGAAACGCACUGCUUUAAUGCCGCACUUUAAGCUAACCACAUCAUAAUACCAUGUGCCAACCAGGUAUGUUUACUAUGUAAUUGCAAGGAUUAAAUUUUUCAUAUCACACCUCAAAAAAAAAAAAAAAAACAUUUUGCAUUAAGAAAAUGAAGCAGAUUUUUCUCAGUUACCCAAUUUAGGUGGAAAUAUGUUAAAAAUAUUCAAUUAUGUAUAAUAUUAAUAAAGGAUAGGGUUUGUUAAUUUAAAUUGACAUGUUAAUGAAGUUUGAAUUAAAAAUGAUUCUGAAAUAUAGGCUUUGUUCAUUUUAUGCAGUGUAGAGAGAAAGGGAGAGACAUAAUAACUGGACAUUUCUUUGUGAAAUAAUCCUUUUCUUUUAUUUCUUGUUUUUCUUCAUCACAUCCUACCUGGUUGGAACACGGUAUAAUAACUGUUUCCAUGUUCAAGCAGCACCGUGCACGACCCAUCUGAGUCACCCCCUAAAUUAAAACCUCCCAAAUCCAUCAGUCCAUCAAGAAUCCAGUCCAUGGGGGCAGCCUCUACCCCAUCCUCCCCAGUGAGUCUCGGUCCCGCCAGCCUUUCCUCUGUUGACAUCAUGGAACUCUCUUGUCGUUUGUUGGAACAUGUGGUCCUCUUGUGGAGUGCUUUCAAGGGGUGCACUUACCCCUCUGUCCAAUGUGGUUCUGUUUGAGCAGACAUGAAUGUUUUGUAAAUGCUUUUUAUAUUGUUUUUUGACUUUACCAAAACCAGUAUGGCGGUUUUAGGAGAACUGUUCUAUUUAUUCAUUUUUUUCAUGUUUAUGUGUCACCUGAGCUGUUUUGCUCCAAAUUCAGGAGUUCCACACGAGGUGGUAGAAGACGCUCAAUGGCUCUCAACUGUUUUCAUUUUCAGACGAAUCGAUCAAAGAAACCGUAUCGCUCUUAGUUCAAACCCAUAGUGCCCUAUUACCAGAACUUUUCAGCACACUGUAAAGUAUGUCCCUGACUGUGGAGAGCUUUGUACAGUAUCGGUUAAAACCAGUGGUGUGUUGCAGGUCAAAUGGAGACCUGGGUUGGAUGAGCGUUUCAGUAUUUGAUGUAUCAACUUUAAAAGCACCUUGUUAACAUAUUUUUAUCGUGAUUGGAUUCAAAGAGAAUUUUUAGCUAUCGAGUGGCCUUUUUGAAACACACCAGUAACGAUAAGCCUAAGGAGUUACUUUGAAACACCACCAAAAUGUUUGAUAUCUCAAGUGUCGAAAUGUGCAUCAUGUUUUGAAUGUUUGUCUGAUAUAUCAAAUAACUUAAAUGAUGUUGUGUGACCCAGGUUUCACGCAGGUGCGACAUUGAAUUAGGAAACUAUUUUCAGGCGAUGUAGACUUAAAAAAAAACAGGGUCCAAAUGCGAACACAAAGACACACUUUAGCUACUGUAAUGUUGCGUGUCUAUACCCUAAACCUAAACCCCAGGUAACUUCGGGAAGCAAUAAAUGCUCACGAGCGUUUUGAUGAACAAGCUAAAUGUGUACAGAUAAUUUUAAUGGUUAAACGUAGAUGGUUGCAAGGUAGAGGACAGCUCUAGAUAUGUAAUGAUUUGGAUUAGUUUAGGAGAAAGAUAUUCUAUGGUAAUGUGUGAUAUGUAUGGAACAAUUUUAGGAAAAAAUUAAACUUCUAAGAUACCAUAUGCUAUGGAAUGGAGAGAUACUUUCUGACAUCAUUAUGCAUGAAAGCUUGAGCAAUAUUGUCCAACACAAAAGCUCAUUGGCUGUAGAAAAUCUGGGAAGCGGGAUGUACUUGUGUUUAAGAGUUGUCUAUCCAAAUGUCACUCACAGAAAAGCGUUUAAAGUUGCGUGCAAGCGUGUGAAUGAGCGUGUGCGCGCGUGCAUGUGUGUGUUCGCUUGCUUUUUCCUGUCAUAGUGCCAUCCAUGUGAUAAAAAAAGACAUUUCACUGAAUACUUAUUUUUGUUAUCAUUGAAAUUGUUAACCAGUCUGCAUAAUGUAUAAAAUAAAAGUAUAUUUUAAAUAUUUUAAAAGAUAUUUUGUAUUUAACCAUAAUAAUUAAUUUCUUCACUCUUGGAUCGAGAUGGCAGUAUUAUGUUGCUGUAUAGAAUGAUAAGAAAAUUCUAUAAUUUUCUAGUGCUUAAAAAAAAAAAAUCAAGAAAAAAUGAUGGGCAAAUUUAAGUCAGAGACCUGCAGCAUGUCCCGUUUUGGCUUCUCGAAGUUUAGGGGCUCUCAUUGAGAACAUUGGACAGUCCCAGGAUUUUUCUGGUAAAUGCUGCAGUAAAAGGCCCACAGUUGAUAUUUGACGCUUUAUAUAGUUGUACUGUUCAUUCAGUUUACAUAAACAUCAAAUAACAAAUUUAGUGGAUCCAUUCACAGCUGCCUAGAAACUUGUUACAGCAAAGGAAAUUGCAACAUUAAAAGUGACUUUGUUUGAUCUUGAUUCCCUUCAAAGCUAAAUGUGGCCUUAUUUUAUUUGAGCAUUUGUACGUCUUCCAUUCAGAAUCAUGCACUGUUAUCAUCAUGAGCUCGUACCAACGUUUUUCUAAAAAGAAAUGAAAAAGAAAUCAAUAAGUAAACAGUCUUUAGAUCACACGCAGCCAAAUAUUUCUUUCUUUCUUUGCACGUACGAUAAGCUAACGUUUGGAUUGAAAGUAAGAUGUGUAGCACACUGACAGGAUCUGUUCCCUAUUUCACUGAAAAUGGCCAUAACUGUUAUAUGAUUUCAAGCUGUUUUCAUGAACUAUGUAGCAUUUUUGCCAUUGUAGCAUUCAAAAAGCCACUGAAUAAUUUUUUUUAUUUUAAUUUGUAAUGGGAGUCAUAAUGAUAACACUGUCUGUAUUUGAAAACACAAGCUGUUGCAUUGUCAUGCCAAGAGUGUCAUCGGUUACAUUUUUAAUGCUUAUUUGGUAUCAUUGGACAUGUCUGGAUAUCAUGUUUAGCAUUUGCAUACAUAAUUUUUUGGUUCCAUGUUUGUAAAUGUUUUAGGCAUUUGAAGUGUAAAUAUGUGACAUAAGGAUAAAAAAACCAAAUUUAAUAAACAUUUUCUACAA